AGCUCGACAUUUGAGGACAAUGCUAGCACACAGAAACGGAGAAUUUUUCUAUUCUUGCGUUGUUACUUCCUUGCCCCUUGUUGCUUCAUUGACCGCCCAGAGCUUGGCCUUCACCGGUCGAUCUCGUAGGAGGCUUUAUCUACCCAAGAUGAGACCGCGCUGAGAGCCGCAAACCCAAUGCGAUAAAUCACCGGAACCCCGAGACGCGUGCGAAGUUUUCAUUCCUACGUAACAGGCGGAUAGAGUAGCGGACCACAAUGGAUAGCCGCUUGAAGUGCCACAUCUGCAAGAAAAUCUUCACCCAAAAGUCUUCGCUUGUUCGACACUCUAAAAGAUGUACACCCGGCCCGGCUCCCAGCCUACGGCAGAAGAGUUGUCGGCAAUGCACCAGUUCGAAGACGAAGUGUGAUUUGCGGCGCCCGAAAUGUUCGAGAUGCGAGCUGCGGGACACUCCCUGCGAGUACGUUGUUCCAAUGACGAGGGGCGUUCCCGUCCACGCACCCGACGAAGAAACCGAUCGAGUGGAACCCAAUGAGCGUGAACAUGACAGUACCAAUCUAGCUUUGGUGGCGAAUAUCGCUUCUAUUGGGUUGCCACGGGUACCGCCUUCGUUGAUAAGGUAUGCUUGUUCCCCGUGUUAUCCCGGACUUUAUCUUCGCCCGCCUGCACCAUGACGUGCAGUUCCUUCUGGUAACAUGACGGGUGCGUCACUCCGUCAAGGCCUGCCUUCCUCAACGAAACUCUGUCCCGCAUGCCGAGUGCAUCUUGAGGUCAUCACAGAAUGCAAUCACGACAAUCUCCUUUUAUUUCCCCUUUCUUGAU